AUGGCCGUCGAAGAUGAGAGCUUACAUCAUGCUACCGACAACUUGAUCCUUUCAAACCCUCGCAAAUACUACAGAGCCAAUGUAGAUACCAGCUCUCCAGAGCAAGACCUUGUCUACUUUCCCAGCGAAACCGAAAUCUACUUGCUCAAUACCAAGACCCAAAAGCUUGAGCUCGUUGCCUCUCUAGGCUUCAUACCCAGAUGUCUGGUUGCGUCGAAGGAGUGGCUUUGCUGUGGAGGGGAAAAUGGAAAAUACAGUGCCAUCUCUUUGAAGCACCGCGCAUUGGGCUCCGACCUGUCUUCCUUUCUCAAUGCCGACCCAGACUCUCGACUCCCCCUUGAUCUCGACCCUACUCGGCGCUCAAGUCUCCAAGAAUCCGAACAUUCCACAGGGCUACGAGACAAUUGGGAAUCUAGAAGAUCUACGGCUGAGAAGAUAGACGUUGGUACAGAGAUCGUCAAUUGCAUUACACUCUGGUUCCCGACAGAAGACCUGUCGGAGCGUACCCACAAAUUCCCCGUGGCUGUAGUCUCAAAUAAUGACCGUACGGUUUCAAUAUUGGACCUGGCAACUUCUAAGCCCAUCCAAAGAUUCAAGCUGCCCGACUGCGUUAACCGUUCAGCGAUAUCACCUGAUGGCGAGUUAUUGGUUGCAAUAUGCGAUGAUCCAUUUCUCUACAUCCACACGAGAAGACAAAAGAGAAUAGAAAGAGAGCGCUUCGAGUCUGAGGCAAGCCAGGUCUACGAAUGGGCUCCUGCAGGACGGAUACAAUUAGAGAGUCAGAGGCAGGCAGACAACUCUCAAAUGAGAGGAAGCUUUGCUCUAUCUUUCUCCAGAUCGGGACAGUAUCUUGCUGUAGCAACACAGUAUGGCAUUAUUUCUGUCUUCGAUACCCAAUCUCUCACUGAGGGUGAGUCCUUGAUGGUGUGGUUUACUACUUCCAGGCCGGGUCGUCAACCAGGAGCUGUCCGGGCAAUGGAGUUCUGUCCAGGACCCUAUGAUCUCCUUGUAAGUGCUUUCCCAUCUAUUAGCAUACAUAAUGAGCAUUUGAGGCCCCGCCAUCUGUACCGAGUAUCGUUUGCUCACCAAUUUCAGGCUUGGACAGAGUCUACUGGGCGAGUUGGAGUUGCCGAUGUCCGAACAAUGUUCAAUUCCAGACAAAUCAUUUUAAUCAACAAAAGCGAUGCCAACGUUGAAAAAGUGGACGUAUCAGAUAGAUCCGAUCACCGAUCAACAAUCCGCACCGCUCAAGAUCCAAGCAGCACGCCAGACUACAUGAGCCUAGAUGAGAGUCGAGGUUCAGAUUCUGAGAGAAGACAAUUGAGAACUCUGACGCGCGAGAUGCUGGAUAGGCAUCGCGAAGCUUCGACAGUCGACGAAGAGCUGGCGGUCCUUCAAGCACUCCGCGUCGACCGUCAACGCAGAGAAGCAUUGGCUGCCAGCUGGGCCGACCCCCGCCGCUCAGCUGUUACCGUUUUAAACUCCACCCGCCUCGCAGCAACUGCCUUGUCUCGAGAACUUUCAAACCAAGAGCGCCUCAGAGUCGACACUUUCCAGUCUGACGAGCGACGCCGCGAAAUGCCUCGUCUGGCGCAUCCUGAAUCCGCCACAGCCGAGCGCGAAAUGGCAGCUCGCCGCCUCGCGUCCGCCACAUCCGCGCGGUGGAGUCGCGGGCUACUACUUGAAGCCGAUGCAGCUGCCCGGAGAAGCGCGCGUCUUUUACCAGCUCCUGAGACCCCCCGCCCUUCCUCUGGCCCUGUUACCGAGUCCUCAGGAGCACCGGAAAGCGAUAACUCUUGGGCGAAUGUCGAAGCUCUGUACCGGGCUCGGCUAGAAGAUAGCAACCAACGCUUCCGUGCUAGAGUGAACGAGCAAUUAGACCGUUUUGGACUUGAAAAUUCUUCUGCCCAGAGAUCUGCACGACUGCGAGCUAACUUGGAAGGUGAUGAGCAGAACACGGCGACGGAUUUUGCGCGUCGGAGGCAACCGUUGCGACCUAACUCGAAUGAUGAGGGUGGCCUUGGGGUGGCGAGUAGGGGCCAAGCUGGGGGUAUGGAUGGGGGACGGAUGAAUGAGACGAUGGGUGUUUGCUGGAGUCCGGAUGGGAGAAUCUUAUACGCGGCAACAGUGGAAGGUAUCCACGAGUAUCACGUUAACAUUCCCUGUCGCAAGAAGUUUCCCAGCCUUGUUCUUCGGUAA